CAUCCACCUUUGUAACACAGCGGCUGACUAAUACACAUUUAUAUAUAAAAAGCUGUUUGCCUUAAUAAUUAAAUAAAUAACACCUAGUUUAAUAACCGUCAGGAUAUUCCAGAUAAUUUGACUUUAUUCAAGGUCAAAUUACUUUACCCACUAGUGGAUAAAAUGCGUUUUUACCCGCUGAUAUUAAAGGACAAAACACGUGUUUCCGAGCUAGAGAGGGGAAAAAUCUCUUGUCGAGUGUGGUCCACGUUCCAAGCACCGAGAGAAGAUGGUUCACUGGUGAAGUUGCGGAUUCAAGAUCUGCCGGAAAAUCGGCGCGACGAUGCAGUCAAUUUGUUUUUGAAAUAUUACAUUCACGACGAAACACUUUUGAAGAUGGCAGGCAUUUCACGGAACCCAGAAGCGGUACAGGAGUACCAAUUACUAAUAAGUCAAUUGAUCAAAAAUCCCUCUUCACUAACUAUGAUAUGUUGCGUUGACGAGGAAGAGGGUCCACAAAUAGUAGGCGUUUCUUUGAUGUCCCUAAUUGCAGUGGAACGACAGGACUUAUUUAGAACUUCGCAGCCAAAAACUGAUGAGAUGCGGCUAUAUUUAAAAUUGGAAGAAAUAUUUGACCUGCGCAACAAAAUGAAGGAGCUGCAAAUAGCCUCGUUUUACGACGACAUUGGUUUGAUUGUUCACUCGCGAUUCAGGAAACUAGGCAUAGCGUCGGAAUUAGUCAAGGCGAGAUACAUGGCAUGUGUGGCUCACAACGUCGCUGCAAUUGGUGCUUCGCUGACAUCUCUAGGCACUGAGAAGAUGGCUCAGAAGAAUCACUGGCAUACAGUCAAGCAAGUGAGGCUAGAUGAACUAGGACAACACUGUGGCGCUACUUGUUUCGAUGCUGCAGUCAAUACAAUCAGGCUUGUUAUCUGGAAGAACCCGGAAUUCAGAACACAUUAAAAAUUUAAAUAUUUUUUUUGGAAAAAGGUACUUAAAAAAAUAUUAAUAUAAACUUGUUAGGUACAAUCUAACAACUUAAUUUAUUUAACUUAAGCUAGAUAUAUAAUAUUACUUAGAUAAAUUUACAAGGUUUCUUUUGUAACUGGAGCAUUAAUUUUAUUUAACCAUAGGCUAGUUGGUCUGAUUGAAAUUUGAAGAGCAUUAAUACUCUUUAAACAGAACAACUUAAUUUAGCUACUUUUAAAAACUUAUCAUAUUUUUAGGUAUUGAAAAAUCAUCACAAAAAUACACUAUAAUUAAUCAUGCAAUAAACGAUAAUUUCUACAAUUACUUGAGAAUUUCCGUUAUAAUCUACCAAUUAAGAACCCGUAAUAAUUAGCGCUUGCAUAAUCACACCUGGAUAAUCAUAAUUUAACAAAAAUUCUA